AUGACAGGUCCACUGCAGGAUUCACACAGGCUGUCUGUGAAAACAUGGACAGAGGAGGAGAGUGACCGAGCUGAAAGCACACUCAGCAGAGGGCAGUCCAUGUGUGAUGACACUUCCUCAGAGCUACAGAGAAUGGCGGCCAUUGACAGGAGAGAUAUUAAUUCCCAGAAUUCUUUUCGUGGGCGAGGUGCUCUCUCCAGGAUUGUUAGUAUGGUGAUGACUCUGAGAGAAUGGGCUCAGAAGAGUUUGGCUGAAGAGACGGAGAGACCAGAUUCCUUCCUGGAACGUUUCAGAGGCCCUGCCCACAUGGACAUACAAGCCCCCCCCAGCAGAUUUAGCCACAGCCACACUGGCUCUGGUACAGAUAAUGAAAUCAGACGUACCAGACGCACGAGGAGGAAGUGUAAUGUCGUGGUCCUGUCCCCAUCUGAUGAUGCAUACUACCACUGGCUGAUGGUGAUUGGUCCUGCAGUCUUUUACAACUGGACUUUACUAGUUGUCAGGGCCUGUUUUGAUGAGCUCCAGAUGAGGAAUGUGUUAGUUUGGCUGGUGCUGGACUAUGUCUGUGAUGGAGUCUAUAUCCUAGAUAUUGCUGUUCGCCUCCACACAGGUUUCUUGGAUCAAGGCUUAAUGGUGAAAGAUGUGCGGCGCCUGAGAGAAACUUACGUUCGAACCUUACAGUGUAAACUUGACAUCUGCUCCAUCCUUCCAACUGACCUGCUGUACCUGGCUGUCGGAAUCAGCUACACUCCUCUUCUUCGAUUCAACCGUCUCCUGCGUCUGCCACGUCUAUUUGAGUUCUUUGAACGAACAGAAACUCGAACGGGCUGCCCCAACGCUUUCCGUAUCUGUAAACUGGUUCUGUACAUCCUGGUGAUUAUCCACUGGAACGCCUGUGGGUACUACAGCUUCUCAAAGGUCCUGGGCCUGGGCUCUGAUUCUUGGGUUUAUCCCAAUGCCUCGGACCCAGAGUUUGGCUCCCUGACCAGGAGUUACAUAUACUGUCUGUACUGGUCAACCCUGACGCUGACCACUAUUGGAGAGACACCACCUCCUGUUAGAGAUGAGGAGUAUCUGUUCUUGAUAUUUGACUUUCUGGUUGGUGUCCUGAUUUUUGCCUCCAUUGUGGGAAAUGUCGGUUCCAUGAUCUCUAAUAUGAACGCCACAAGAGCAGCCUUUCAGAGCCGUGUAGAUGCGCUGAAACACUACAUGCACUUCAGACGUGUCAGCAAGGUGCUAGAGCAGCGCGUCAUUCGCUGGUUUGACUACCUCUGGACCAAUAAAAAGACAAUAGAUGAACAGGAGGUGCUGAGGAGCCUGCCCAAUAAACUGAGAGCAGAGAUUGCCAUUAAUGUUCACCUGGACACACUGAAGAAGGUGCGUAUUUUCCAGGACUGUGAGGCAGGUCUCCUGGUAGAGUUGGUGUUAAAACUUCGACCACAGGUUUUCAGUCCUGGAGACUAUAUCUGUAGAAAGGGAGAUGUGGGUAAGGAGAUGUAUAUAAUCAAAGAUGGCCGCCUAGCAGUGGUGGGGGAGGAUGGAGUCUCCCAGUUAGCUGUUCUAACUGCAGGAAGCUGCUUUGGUGAAAUCAGUAUCCUGAACAUCAGCGGCAGCAAGAUGGGGAACAGGCGUACAGCUAACAUUCGGAGUCUGGGAUACUCCGACCUGUUCUGCCUUUCCAAACAAGAUCUGAUGGAGGCGCUUCAAGAGUUCCCCCAUGCCAGGGCCCAGCUGGAGCAGAGGGGGCGGGACAUCCUGCAGAAGGAGGGGCUUCUGGAGGAAGUGAAUGUGUCUGCGGGGGAGGAGCUUGAGGAGAAAGUGGAGAGGCUGGAAACCAGUCUGGAUCGGCUGCAGACGUGCUUGGCCCGUCUGCAGAGUGAGUUCAACUCUUCCCAGCUGCGAAUGAAACAACGAAUCACAGUCCUCGAACACAACAUCACCACAGUAGCCACAGGCAGCGGCUUCCUAUCAGACGCCGACGGCAACGAGAGUGUCUCUGGUGGUGAUGGUGUGCGCAGUGAAAUCAACAUCCGGCUCUGA